ACCUGUAAAAUGGAUACCUUUUUUUCAUUGUAUUUUGUUGUGAUAAAAACUCUGUGUUUCUUUCUUAAAUACUUUGCUUUUAUUUUCGUGUGCUUGUCUCUUGUGUGAUGUUUUCAUUUAGACAUUGCUAAAGACUUGCUUCUGUUCAGAAGUAAUGGUAAUAACUCCUUAAAUCAUUCAGGGUUUUACCAUAAAAUACCAGUGAGGGGAAAGGUCCAUUUAGUUUAUGGGCAUAUAAAGUAGAUCUGGAUUUCCAAACUCUGCAGAAAAAUCUGCAUAAUGGAAACCUGUUGAAUUCUGCUGCUGGUUGGAAGUGGUGCAACUCGUAAUGGAGUUGGCUUUGCUAUAGCCAAUUUCAGCCAUGGUGAAUCUUCUUAGUGUGCUCCCAGUCCUCCUUGACAUCCUGUUUUCUAUAACCACAACAGUAUUUGCUGUUGCUCAGCCUCCUGAGGAUGAUAAUAAGCAUCCAAGGGAUAUUAUGUAUUCCCUGAAAUGACCUGAAAAUUGCUACCUUCUCCUUCAACUGUUGGUUCCUUGUCUGGAGAGUUUAGCUUAAUGCAGGUGUCCACGAGGGAGAAGAAACUGAGAAACAAACGUGAAGCAUCAGGAGAUCUUCUAAGACCUCUUUAACAAAGAGGUCUCAAACCAGCAAUAGGAAAUGAAGCCUGGAGGAGAUGAGGUCUUGGGGAAAUAGUGUUGAGCUCUGGAGGCACACCUCAGCUGGCAGCUCACGUGGGCAGUGAACAAGUAAUACUUGGAUGGCCUCAAGUAUCUCUUACUCUGCUGCUUUUCCUUUUGGGAGUCAUCCCUCCCUUCUGCUUCCAGGAUAACUCUUGCAAGCAGCUGUGGCUGUGUCUCUUUACUGUGUCUCUGCUUCUGCUUGUUCACAGACCAGCGUUGUCUCUGCAGCAGCGCUUGAAGAGCUUGGCUGACAAGCCAUCCUGAUGCUCACCUGAGACAGGGAAGUGUCUGCAGAGCUUUCCAGUGCUGCAGAGUUGAAGCACAGGGAAAACCAGCUCUUGGAAGGGUCUGGCAAAAUGUAGCGGCACCACAGGGAAGCACCAAGCUGCUUGCCAUGAAGGCACCAGUUGAAUUUCGUAAAAUGUUGUCUUCUAGCUCUCUCCUGCUGUCUGCAGACAAAGGUGAGAGCAUUUCUAGUACCACCCUCAAGGAAGCUGCAAAACCUGCUGAAGACACGAGGAUGCCCACGUCAAGAAAAACUGAGGUUGCAUUUCCUCAGCGAGGAGGAGUUGCUUCCUCCCAUGAGGAGGAAAACCUCACCACACCUGCAACAGGAGGAGGCCUGAGGAAAGAGUUAGCUGAGGAACAGACUUCAUCUUCAUCCAGCUCAGAGUCAGAUUCUAGCUCAGAUUCAGAGGAUGAAAAUGCUGAUGAUUCACAAGUUGCCAUUAAAACUAAAGUUGAGUUUCCCAGACGAGGUGCCAUCUUUUCUGAGAACAUAGCAGUAAAGGCAUCAAUGCUGGCAAAAGAGAAAUUGUCCCAGAAAUCCCUCAAAGACUACGGAAUUAAGAAGCUGCCACGCAAACCAGAAAUUAACGUGUCUCCUGUAAAGCAGGUCAAAUUGUCUAAAACAUCAGUUAGCCAGGAAACAUCAAAAUCCAAAGCAAGAGACCCCAAAGUAAAAUCCCCUCCAAAAGAACAGAAGUUGGUCUUAGAACCACAUGUGGUGAAAAGCCUGGACCUGACCGAUGUCGCUCGUAAAUUUGAUCAUGUGGAGGAAAAGUCCUUUGGAACCCAGGUAGCAGCUAUUCAGCUGAAAGCCUCAGCAAUGACUCAGGAAGACAAAAAGCAGGAUCUGCUAUCCAGAGGAGAGAAGGAAAAGAUGAAGGAGGCACAAGAGUUGGAAGCAAAAGAAGUAACUGCUCCUAAAGUGGAAGAGACUUCUGGAAGCAAAACGUUGGUGAUGGGCACCACAGCAAAGGAGGAGACCACGCAGGAAGCAGGAGUCCAGGCUGGAGAAAGCAGCACAAUUGAGGAGACAGCUCAGCCUGCUCCAGAGGAGUUUGAUAAUUCCACCUACAAGAACCUGCAGCACCACGAGUAUCACACUUUCACCUUUCACGAUUAUAUCGCUGUCCUCGCAAAGUACAGGCAGCCUCAGCCAUCCUCUGGAAGGCCAUCACCAAGGCACUGAGAGAGCCACACUUACAACAAACACCCAAGCAGGAUGGUGAAAUGUUCUCUUUAGCACUGUUGCUUCAUCUGUGUAAUUGAAAUCAGAUAAUAAACAAUAAAGGCAUAAUAACUUGGGCUUUUGAACAGUU